ACCUUGCUUUGUCUGGCUUUAUUGUAGGGAGGGAGAUGGGUUCCUAACUGGAGGCCCGAGGGAGGAGGACAGGAUACGGUCAGUGACCCCUUUUUCUCAAGUACUUGUAAGAAUAGUUCAAACCGGAGUGCACAGAAUGUGCGGUGCAGGUGAAGAUGCAGACGUCAGAGCCCUGCAGAGUGAUAGAUCCACAUACACACUGACUGCCUUGAACUCUAGAGCCAGGGUGGCACCUGCCGACUCCAGGGCGGCUCGGCCGUGCCCAUCCUGUGCGGGCCUGGGCGGUGUCUUCCUUGGGGGCGGAGCGGAGAGGGCGGCGACCCGGACGCGGCUACGCGCAGAGCGGCCAUGCGCAGCGUGGGGGACGAGCCUGCAUGCUGUGGUCAUGCGCGGCGUCUGGCCGUAUCAGAGGCGGGAAAUCUCUUCUUGGCUGGCCCGAUGGUUCCCCAAAGACCCAGCCAAGCCAGUGGUGGCACAGAAGACACCCAUCAGAUUGGAGCUGGUUGCCGGGAAAACCUACAGGUGGUGUGUAUGUGGCCGAAGCAAGAAUCAGCCCUUCUGUGAUGGCUCCCACUUCUUCCAGCGUACUGGCCUUUCUCCACUCAAGUUCAAGGCCCAAGAGACACGCACAGUGGCCCUAUGUACCUGCAAGGCCACUCAGCGGCCCCCUUACUGUGACGGUACCCACAAGAGUGAGCAGGUACAGAAAGCAGAAGUAGGUUCCCCACUCUGAGGGGGUACUGUGACUCCAGGCAGUAAUGCUGAGCCACACAUGGAAGGGAACCUCCAAGGACCCCAUCUUGUUAGCAAUUGUACCCUGAAAAACCUGUAUUCUCCUGUUGGGCAGCUGAGAGCCAGGUCCAGCAUCCGGUAAAGCUGUCAAUAAACACUGAGGCCUGCCCUCUAA